AUGGCGAACACUGAAACACAAACACAACCAGCCGAGGUUGGGUCUUCAUAUCCUCCUCAGACGGGCAUCUUCAAGCACAUUUCUGGAGUCAUUCCUUAUUUCAAGAAUCCACGGCAUGUAUUGCUUCUCAAGCUUGACUGUCUUCUUCUUACGUGGACGUUCAUUGCUGGUAUCAUGAAGGAGAUGGAUCAGUCUGCUACAACGCAAGCUUAUGUUUCGGGAAUGAGAGAGGCGCUGGGUUUAUAUGGAAAUGAGUUGGUCAUGUUCAACACCUUCUUUUCCAUAGGAUAUGCCAUUGGGCUUGUGCCAGGGCAGUUAGCUCAGACGAGGGUUCGACCGUCUAUCUUUCUCCCAACCUGUGAGAUUAUCUGGGGUCUUUUCGUCUUGGUAACCUGCCAAGCCAAAAGCGCAACCACAAUCUACGUUCUUCGCUUCUUCCUCGGCCUCUUCUCUGCCGUCUUCUGGCCCAGUGUCGUCUCCCUCAUCUUCAACUGGUACACACCCAAAGAACUCGCCUUUCGAAUUGCCUGCUUCAACGUAUCCGACGUCGCAGGCGCCAUGUUCCUCGGUGCUCUUCAAGCAGCUCUGUACCGCAACUUGAACGGUGCCCAUGGUAUCGCAGGAUGGCAGUGGUUGUUUAUCGUUUCGGGCGUCAUCACCAUCGCUCAAGGAAUCGUGGGCUUCUUUGUCAUUCCUGAUACGCCUUCGUACACUCGUGCCAAAUGGUUGACAGAAGACGAGAAGAAGCUCUCACGAGAGCGUAUGGGAGACUUUGGAGCCAAGACUUCAAAGCUGAUCCCUACUUCGGUUCUGAAGAACAAGUUGCGCAAGCUGAUUACUCACCCUGUCACUUUUUUCUUCCUCUGCGCGUUUGUCAUGAACGCUUGGGCACAUCGAGCAAACGCGUACUUUGUUCUGUAUAUCGAGAGUCUCAAGGACAGCGCAGGAAACCGCAUCUACAGCACGUAUCAAGUCAACAUCUUGCCGUUGGGCGGUUAUGCCAUGCAAAUCUGUACCAACCUGAUUCUCAACGGCCUGUCGGACUGGAAGCACUGGAGAUGGCAAAUCAGUUCAGGCUGUGCUUUUAUGCUCGGUAUCAUGCUGAGUGUUCUCUGCGCCUGGCCAUCUGACAACAAAGUCGUUAUGGGUUUCUACUUCAUGACCUACGCUGUCAACGCAGGAAGUCCAGCCCUGAUGGCAUGGUUUGCCGAGUUGAUGCGCAAGGAACCCGAAGCGCGAUCUAUCGUUGUUGCUCUUACCGUCAUGAUCGUCUACAUUGGACAUGCAACUAUUCCUCUUCGUGCCUUCAGGGUUUCUGAUGCGCCUCAGUAUCCGAUCGGAUUCCCUCUCACUACUGCGUUCUCGUUUGGGUCUGUUUUUGUGCAGCUUGGAUUGCUGUGGUGGUCUCGAAGAAACCCUCAACUUAUGCAGAACGGUUAUGAGGGUUCUUCUAUUGAUUCACGAGCUUCUGAUGAGGAGAGCUCUGGUGGUGUUGAUCAGGAUGGAGAGUACUCUACCAAGGAGAAGACGAGCCCUGUUGUUUCCAAACUCGAUGGAUGA